AUGUACACAUUCGAGCGUUUUAGGGCAGAUGCAAUCUGUGCCAGCAGCUCGGCGCGCGAGUACAACAAACCAAAGAUACCAGCAAUUGAUACCAUGGGUGUCAUUUACAAAAUACUAAAACAGCAACGCCAGCAGCAACAGCAGCAGCAGCAGCGGCACCAGCAGAUCAUCAAAGUGGAGCUGAACACGGCGACCAAGUGCAAGGUGCAAGCAACCAUCAAGCAGCGCCAACUGCAGCGGCUGGAGGAGCAGCGCCAGGAGCAGCGGGUGCAGCAGGAGCACGAUGAUACACUUGCCGAGCAGCAGCUGCAGCAGCUCUGCCGUUUUCUCGCCGAGAAUGCGGCACGCAAAAAGCGUCAGCGUCUCAAGCUGCAGUAUGAAUACAAUCAGGGCGCGUAUGCGGAGCAGCCUGCAACGCACUCGCCGGCAACCACUCACGACAUGGAUCUGCUCAUGGAGCAGCUGAGCACGUGCAGCGAAGACGCGGAGAAAGCAACGGCAACGGCGACGGCGAAGGUACCGUCGGAUGAGCCACGGGUUAGCAUCUUGUUGAAGAUCCGCCAUCAGAUCUUUGAGCGCAAGCGACAGCGGCAGCGCCAACUGGCGGAGCUGGUGAAGCAGCGUUUGGUGGUUUGGCGACCAUGGUAAUCGGCCAACUAAAGACUGCCCGCUGUUAUUUGUAGGCAAUGUUCACUGUAUAUUCCUUUGCCG